AUGUCUGAGGUCCAAGCAACACUGGAGUUUUCUCUAGAAUUGCACAAGUUUCACAAUGUGGACCUUUUUCAGAGGGGGUUCUAUCAGAUCCGAGCAGGGCUAAAGGUCUCACCUCGAGUGAUCCACAGGCUGACGGUGACAACAAGAGACAAUACAGGAGAAUGCAGCUUCAGCUCAGCAAGUGUGUAUGACAGCACUGUCUUCAGCCGGAUCAUUCAGAUCCUUUAUAGAAAUGAGGAGAUUGCAGUGAAUGACUGUAUGACCUUCAAAGUCCACCUGCUGCUGGAUGGAGAAAAGGUGGAGGAAGCUUUGAGUGAGGUGGACUUCCAUCUGAAGUUGGAUCUUCACUUUACUGACAAUGAACAACACUUUGCACGUACAGGAAAGACCUCCUGGCUAGGAAAGGGCUCACCGGGAAGCACCAGCGACCCAUCUGCUUUGCCUGUAGAGAACCUCAUGUUUGGAGCUGGCUACUGCAAGCCUGUCAUCUCUGAGGGUAGUUUUUAUGUGCCCAGUGAAAACUGCCUGCAGAGAGCUCAUACGUGGCACCGGCGUCUCUGCCGCCUCCUGCUGGUGGCUCAUAAAGGCCUGCACACCUACUGCGGCACCCUGAUGAAGGAAAUUCCACAACUCAUACUGGAUCCACUAGAACCAGAUGUUCUGCCUGUUGAAGAAACAUUAAAUCAGCUCUCCAUAGAGUUACAGCUACAGGAAAACCAUGAGAAGGUGGCCGAGCAGAUCAGCAAGGAUGUGAACCAGCUUUGCUCUCAGCUGGCUGCUCUCUGGAGCUGCUUCCUGGAGGCUGCUGUGCUCAACCCCCACAUCCUGUCCCAUCUGGCCCAUGAGCACCACACACUCAGGGUCAGGAGGUUCUCUGAAGCGUAUUUCUUUACGGAACAUCCCAAAGAGAUCUCUGUUAUGUUUCAGGAGGAACUUAUCAACAGACAUGGCCAGAUAGCUGCAGAGGUGCGGAGCUCAGAGUACCUGACCAAAAUGCCUCCAUUACCUGUUGAGUGCCUUGACAUUGAUGGAGACUGGAACAGCCUGCCCAUCAUCUUUGAGGACAGAUAUGUUGAGUCUCCACAAACAGAGACAAAGUCACAUGUGCCAAAACUUGAAACCACCAAGGAGCAAACCAGCUCGCCUCUCACGAGUCCUGCUGAGAAAGUUCCUGAGCAAAGCCAGGAAACCAGCUCAUCAGCAAUACCUCUGGAUUCUUCAGACAGCAAGGACAACUUGGGGCUGGCCAUGAAUGUCUCAUGUAUCAUAGAUCAGCACAGGACAGAUGUAAGAAGUACUCAAAACUUUGUUCAGAUUGGUGCUGAACACUCUGCAGCUGAGGCAGAGAACAUCGAGGAACCAGCAGAAUGUCAAAGACAACAUGAGGAGAGCUGCAGGCCUGGCUGGACUUACAGUGCAGUUAGACCUUAUGGUGUGGAUCCACACAGAGAAGAAGGAGGCCCGAGUCAUGACAUGGAUGACACUUCUUAUCAUAAAGCCACAGAAAAUACCAUCCAACCUUGCGAUGCUUUAAACUACAAUACAGUAAAAGAGAAUGGAAACAAUGAAGAAGAUUCUGACUCUACUAUGCCUUUUAAUCACUCCAUGGAUGAUGACAGUGAAGAUGCCCCAAGUAACACCUUCCUUAGCUCCUUUAUGCAUCCAGCAACACCUUUCAUUUCUGGAGACAUGAGAAAAGAAAAAGGUCACCAUGGAGGCUUAGUGAACUCUAAGACCAUGAAGCGUUCAUCCUCUCUCAUCUCUGACUCAGGCAUUGAGAGUGAACCCAGCUCUGUGGUCUGGCCUGUAGAAACUGUACUGCGGGGCCGUCCUUCACUGGAUUUCUCUAGUGAACGAGAGAUCCCAAAUCAAAUCGUUUUGAACCAUCCAGUCCACUGCAGCUGUGUGGAAGGUCUGCAGAUGGAGAGCAACGGCAGCCUUCCAAGUGGUGGUAUACAGGCCUCACUCAACUCUAUCAGCUCCUUGCCCUACGAGGAGGACCAGCAGCUAAGGCAGCUCAGCAAACUGACCAAGUCACUUUCUGCACCUCAGAUAAGUAGCCCAGAAGAUGCUGAGGAGGGCCAUGUUCUGCUUAACCAGGACACAGACACAGUUCACCUCCAGGGUUUGGAGUUGCGUUUAGAACAGGGUGAAUGUUCACAGUUCAACAGAAAUCCUGAUCAAAAUCUGAAGAACAUUAGCUCUGAAAAGUCUAACUCUCAGCAGUACCCAUCAGAAAUGUGCAGAGUCAAGUUGGUGUUAAGUGGCGAGUCUGAAGUGCAUUCACAAGAGUCUAUAGAAAGCCCUUCUGUAAAUGAAAGUGCUGUUAUUGGAAGCCUGGGGAAGGAAAAAGACCAUCAAACACGCACAAGUGGAAGAAGCACUUCAGUAGAUGAUGUGCAUUUGGGUGAAUCAGAGGCAGCAUCCUGCAACUGUGGAAGCAAACCAUGUGUGCAUCAAAGUGCAGCAGAGCAGGAAGACAUUAGUACUGAGGAUGACUGCCAAAGUUUACACUUGAGCAAACUACAAAGCUCUGAGGACAAACCAUAUGUGGGAUAUUUACAGGAACCUGGAAAACAGUCACAGUCAAUUGAAUUUACUAUCACACCGAGGCCGAAUGAGCUGACAGGCCUGACCACCUACCACAUACCAUCAAUGGUUCCCCUGAGUGGGACAUCAACAGGCGACUGUCAGACUAAACCCUCGAAGAUUCAUAGCUCAGGCUUGGCCUUUGUGAACAAGAAGAUGGUGGAGGUGGUGAACAUGUCGGUGUCAUGUGCUCCAACUUGUCUGCCGUUCUCUUCUGCCCUAAGAGACUCUCCUUCCAUCAGUGGAAUAUCCACUCGCCAGGCUUCCUCACCCAUUACCCAUCAGCCCCUGGGGUCCUUUGGUAUCAUCUCCUCCUCGUCCCUCACGCCAAUCAACAUGGACGAAGAGACCAAUGAACGGAUGCUAAAUUUCUACAAAGCCAAAGAAGAGCUACUUAAAGAGUUGACCUUUCAGGCCAGCUUGUACAGUGACGUUCCUCUCUUGGCAUCAGAUCUUCCCUACUUCCCCCCUGAAGAGGAUGAUGAGGAGUUUGAUGAUGGGAUCCACCUUGUAGUGUGUGUCCAUGGGCUGGAUGGAAACAGUGCAGACCUUCGGCUGGUGAAGACGUUCAUCGAGCUGGGGCUGCCGGGAUCAAGACUCGACUUUCUCAUGUCUGAGAGGAACCAGGCAGACACGUUUGCAGACUUUGACACUAUGACAGACAGGCUGUUGGAUGAGAUCAUUCAGCAUAUCCAGCUCUACAAUCUCACCAUUGGCAGGAUAAGCUUCAUCGGCCACUCUCUGGGGAACGUCAUCAUCCGCUCUGUGCUGACGAGGCCUCGUUUCCGCUGCUAUUUGCCGAAGCUGCACACCUUCCUCUCUCUGUCGGGCCCACACCUGGGAACGCUGUAUAACAGCAGCACGCUGGUCAGCACAGGUCUGUGGUUAAUGCAGAAACUGAAGAAAUCAGGCUCCUUGCUGCAGCUCACCUUCAGAGAUCACGUUGAUCCCAGGAAGACAUUCCUGUAUCUCCUGAGUCAGAAACCAGGGCUGCAGUUCUUCAAGAAUGUGGUGCUGGUUGCAUCUCCUCAGGAUAGAUAUGUUCCCUUCCACUCUGCCCGAAUAGAGAUGUGCAGGACAGCUUUGCGAGACAGAACCACAGGGCCUGUGUAUACAGAAAUGAUCAACAACCUCCUGCAACCAGUUGUGGAGGCUAAAGAGUGUCGGCUGAUCCGACAGAACGUGUUCCAUGCUCUGCCCAACACGGCCAACACGCUGAUUGGCCGCGCAGCCCACAUCGCUGUCCUGGACUCGGAGCUCUUCCUGGAGAAGUUCUUCUUGGUGGCAGGGCUCAGCUACUUCAGAUAAAGGUGCUAACAGGCACAUGGACUGAGGCUGGCUGUGGUCGAUGGAGGAGAACACCCUCACAUU